AUGUGGGCAAUGCAGCUCUGUCUGCUGGAUACCCAGGCCGAGCAGGUGUGUCCAUGGUUUGUGGUGGUGGUGGGGAAUAAGAGCCAGCGUGUGGCCAGGACAGGGUUAUCAGAGCCAUUUCCCCCCUUUCCAGAGCCCCCCUUCACGAACCGGCAGCUGGUGAUCACCACCGUGAUCAUUAUCACCGUCAAACUGCUCCUGGUGACCCUGGGCCUCCACUACCUCCUCUACUUUUCACAGGCCACCCCUUCUCCCACCAAGCCAGGAGACCCUGGCCCCACAACCCAGAGGAGCACAGCAGGCAUUCCCUGGUGCCAGUCAAGCUGGGAACAGAAACAAGGGAGGUGCUACCUUUUCUCCCGGACUAACCAGACCUGGAAGGCAGCGAGAAACUCCUGCUUAGCCCAGAAGGCUGAUCUGGUGGUGAUCAAUGACGAAACGGAGCAGAAUUACUUGGCUAUUAAAGCUCGUUCCAUUCGUCACUGGAUCGGCUUCACCGACCAAGGGACUCAAGGCACCUGGCGCUGGGUGGACAACACUCCUGUGGCAUUUACGAACUGGAGCGAAAAGGAGCCCAAUAACCUGUUAAUGAAUGGAAUCGAUCAUGAGGACUGCGCCCACCUGCUGGAGACUGGCCUGUGGAAUGACAAACUCUGUAGUAACUCUUACAGAUUAGAAGGUGACAGACCAACACCCAUAAGACGAGGCAGCCGUCCCUGUCAAAAAAAUCAUCUCCCUUCUUCACUUGAGUGACAGCCUGAAUAGUU